AUGGGACUUAGUACACUUUCGGUCGGGACGGCAGUUGCUCCUGUUGUAUUUCAAACAUUUGUUGCUCACUAUCUCGGAGAUCGCUCCCGCAAAAAGCAAAAACCUACUGCACAUAUCUCCUACGAUGAAGGUCUUCACUUGAUUCGCAAAUUCCUGCUUUAUGCAUCUCAACAUACAGUCGAAGAUAUUCAAGCCUUCACCUCGCAAUGGGUACCUCACCCUCCGUACGUUAGCGUGAGGGAAACAACCAUUGCAGAGAAGCAUAUACAUGAAGCAGAAAAGUAUUUGUCGAUUCAAUUGGAGAAACAGGGAGGGAUUGGGAUCAUUGGGGGGCAUCAAUGGUGGAAAUGGAGGCGACCAGGGAAUGAACUCAAGUCGGAAACGAUCGAGAUGAAGGCAGAUCUUGAAGAAAGGAAUCAGAAGGGAGAAGAUCCCAAGAGGGUCAUGCUGUAUGUCCAUGGAGGCGCUUACUUUUUCGGAAGUACGGAUGAACAUAGAUAUCAGAUGCAAAGACAUGCCAGGAAGUUGAAGGCCGUGGUCGUAGCACCUAGAUAUCGUUUGGCACCUCAAUUCCCAUUUCCAUGUGGUCUUAACGAUUGCUUAGCAGUGUAUCUCAGUCUUCUUGAUGAUUUGCAACCAUCCAGUAUUAUCUUUGCAGGGGAUUCAGCAGGUGGUGGUAUGGUGUUGAGUAUGCUUGUCAUUCUGCGUGAUAAUGGUCUACCUUUACCUGCGGGUGCUAUUCUUAUUUCACCAUGGGUUGAUUUGACUCAUUCUUUUCCGAGCGUUGCUGCAGAUAAUCCUUUGGAUUAUAUCCCACCGCAUGGAUUUCACCACCGACCAUCUCCGGCCUGGCCACCUCCAAACGCAGAUGAUUUGGCGGAUAUAAAAAGAGGCGUUUCUAACAAUACUUCAAGGAGGGAAUGCAAGGCUACAUCUAAACAAUCGGAAAGGGAUGCAGUUCGGGGAUUCACGUCUGAUGCUAUCCCAUCACCAGAGACGCAUAAUAAUGCUGCUGCUGCCACUGAACCUUCAUCCAACAAAGAUGAAGGGCCAUUGGCAAGUUCAAUUCCUAAACCUGGAUAUGAUCUUUCAGUCAUGAUUGAUGGAAAGCUAGUUGUGAUAAAAGACCAAAUUCAAAUGUAUACCACAAACCAGCUGUUAUCUCAUCCUCUGGUUUCUCCGGUCCUCCAAACUUCACUUGGUGGUCUUCCACCCCUACUCGUUCUCACGGGCGGUGGCGAGAUGUUACGGGAUGAACAAAUUUAUAUUGCACACAAAGCUGCCAAUCCAGUUCGAUAUACACCCGGGGAUGCGUUUUGUGAUCCACAGUCUCGUCUACAGGCAUGGGACAAGUGGGCACCAACGGAUGUACAAUUACAAGUUUGGGAUGAUUUAUGCCACGUUCCACCAACGUUAAGUUUUACUCGACCCGCUAAACAUAUGUAUCGAUCAAUAGCACAGUUUGGAGCUUGGGCUCUAGCCAAAGCUCAGCAAACGGGGAUUGAGAUCCUAGAUGAUGAUGACAUUUCGGUUAUCUCAAAGUCUUCAGACUCUGGCGAGGAUGCUCAAAAGGAAACACCUGAAUCUACAGAGGGAAUAGCCGGAUCUAUAGGAACAAUAGGCAGGGCAGGCGAUCCCCUCCCUCCCUUCAUAGAUCAUAUGAUCCGUCAACGUGUCGACCGUCAUGGCAACAUAUUUCCCCUUGACCCAGCCGAUAAACUUCCCGCUUGUAAUAUCUCACCCAAUGAUGUCGGUGUCGUCAAACCUGGGCCAGUCAAGAAAUGGAUGGCUGUAAAAACAAAAUUCGAUACGAAAUACUCUAAGGAUAAGCGAAAGAUACAAAAGAAUAGGGCAAAGGAAAUUGCAAGAGGAUAUGAACAAUUUCUAGACCUACAACAAGUACCAGAAAUGCCACCCCCUAGUGCAUUAGCCGGGCGUAGAAUGGUUGGUGUUGAAAUCGACAGGGAAAGUGGGGGCAAGCAAAAGAAGAGUUGGGGGCUGUCGAAAUGGAGUACAUGGGGUAGUAAACAUGAUGAACUUACCAUAGAUCGCGGAAUCGAAGCAGAAAGAGCAGGCAAAAAUGUCGAGACUACGACUGCGAGUGCAGAACACGGGGCUGGGGCCAGGGACAUACACAGUAGAGAGACGAAUGAUGCUAUUGCUCAUGAGACCGGUAUUGUUCACACCGAGCCAAGAUUAGGAGCUCCUGUGGUAAAUCAGCCCGUCAAAACGCCGACAAAGACUAGAGCGGGGUUCACUGAGAUGAAGGCGAAUAGGAGCGGAAUCGCUGAUAUAGCGGAUGAGAACGCUGAUGUGAAAAGAAAAUCGGGCGGGGAAAUUAAUGGGGAAUUUUUGACCACUUAUUCUGAUAUGCAACAAUCAAUGAGGACUGUGGACGAUCCUCUUUUUUCUACGAAGGAAAUCGCUAGUCCCCAGGUUGAAGAACCUACUCCUCACUCAACCUUGGCGUCAAGAGCUCCUGCUGAAGAAGCGAAUGAAGUGGGAGGUGAACCAGAUGUACCAGGAAUAACAAUAAACCAACCGAUUAUUGGAGUCGAAAAUGAAGAGGGGGUAGUGAGGUAUACUAGUAAUGGGGAGGAAAUGAGGAGACCUACGGCACAAGGUAUAGCUUUCCCAUUUUCCAUGCGCAUGGGUGGGGAGGGGGUAGAUGGGAUUAUGAAAGAUGGUGUUCGGGAGAGAAAUGCGCGUAAUGGUAAAAUGGGGAGAGAUGCUAAUGCCAGCACAGAAUCACUGGUUGGCAGUGUCAGGAGCGUGGUUCCAGAAGGAUAUGAGCGGAAGUACGAUGACGAAGUAGAGGAUUAUGUAACAGUGAAGAUUGCAGAGGAUGGAGUAAAGGGGAAGGAGAACGAGCAUUUAAGUGCGGGGGGGAAUGUUGCUGGGCCUGAUAGUUCACCUGUGUAUAGUUCAGCGGAUGGGAUAAGCGAAAUUGAAGGACAAGGGGGGCUGGACAUGCUAGAUACGCUUCAGAGGGGUGGCAAGGGCAAAGAAAUUACAGAGAAGCCGAGGACAGCGAUGAACUUGGAUGGGCAGGAUGAUGUUAAUCAUGUGAGUCCAAGUCUUUCGGCUGUAGGGGCUCGUUCGCGUCCGGGACCGGAGAGAUUUUACUCGGCACAGGAAAUUCAGGAGGCUGAGAAUGCCAAGGGAACUUAG